AUGAAGCGAGGGGAAGACGGGGCAGCGGCGGAUUCGCGCAAGGUGAGCGCUCCGUCGCAGCACGGUUAUCGGAAGCGUGUGGUGCGUCGCAUCGACGAGGAUUUGCAGGCACAGGAGCCGGCCGCCAGUCUUUUGAUUGUGAUUUUAUCAGUUUGGGAGUCGGCUUUAACUGUGUACGUUAUAUUUUUGACUAGUCCAUAUCAAGUCCGGGACCUUGGAAAUCCAUCUUGGUUUGCUCCAGCGCAGCAUAUUUAUGAAGUCAAGGACGAGGGCACUCAGCUGUGCAUCCGCAAAUGCGCCCAUUUUACAACUGAAACAAGCAAUCGGCUUGUUGAUGCGCUUGAUGCAGCGCCUUGGGGCAUGCGCGAUUAG